UCACGAAAGAACGGAAGCGUGCGUGGAGGGAUUCUCCCGCCCGUGAGUGUAUCCAUGUGAAAGAGCGACAGCAGCUUGACACUUCAGCCACGUGGAAUCAGCAGGACAGCGACAAGGCACAGAAAAUGUCUGACGUGGGAACAGAAGAGAUCCAAGAAAAGUCUCAACCAGAAGAUGUUGAGACAAUCCCCAUUGUAAGAGAAGUUUCAGAUCUCUCAAAGAAGAGUGAUGUCUCUGACCCUCAGGAGCUUUGUGAUCAAGAACAUCUCAACACUAAUACCAUUGUUGCAGAUGCAGUAAGACCUGAUUAUGAUGAAAGUGAACAAGCUCUUGCUGUAAGGGAGGAAGGGUGUCAUGCUGAAGAGUUUGGAGGAACCAACAGCAACCUGCUGGAAAAUGAAAACUAUGACGGGGAUCAUUUCAACAAUCGACCAACUUCAGCCGAUGGUAUUAGAGCAUCUAAUGGAAAACUGACAUGUGAUAUCUGUGGACUGUCAUGUGUUGGGCCAAAUGUCCUCAUGGUACACAAGCGAAGCCACACUGGUGAGCGGCCAUUUCAUUGUAAUCAGUGUGGAGCAUCCUUUACUCAGAAAGGCAAUCUUUUGCGCCACAUAAAGCUUCAUACUGGUGAGAAGCCGUUCAAAUGUCACCUUUGUAAUUACGCCUGUCGACGCAGAGACGCUCUGUCAGGUCACCUGCGUACACAUUCCAUUGAUAAGCCCUACAAGUGUAGCUUCUGUGGACGAAGCUACAAGCAACGUAGCUCCCUCGAAGAACACAAGGAUCGUUGUCACAGUUACUUGGAAAGUACAGGUCUCUGCACACCAGAGACUGACGAAGUUCGACAGCACAGCCUGAAGGCAGAGAUGGGAUCCGAGAGAGCUCUUGUCCUGGACAGACUUGCUAGCAAUGUUGCCAAACGGAAAAGCUCAAUGCCUCAGAAAUUCAUUGGUGAGAAGCAGUAUUGUCUGGGCUACCCUGAUCUGCAGUACAAUUCAACCCCAUCUUAUGACAAGGAGGGUGAAAUGAUGCAGACCCGUUUCAUGGACCAGGCUAUCAACAAUGCCAUCUCCUAUCUGGGGGCAGAAUCAUUGCGGCCCCUUGUCCAGACAGCCCCUGCUCCCACCUCAGAGAUGGUGUCUGUCAUCAGCAGCCUCUACCCACUGUCUCUCACACGUUCUGAUGCCCCGAACGGCCAUGUGCGAGAAGCAACCACAGAGAACACUGGUUGCCAAUUGAAAACAAAGUCUUCUGAAAGAGGGGUGUCCCCCAGCAACAGUUGCCAGGACUCCACAGACACAGAGAGCAACCACGAGGAGCGACAGAGUCAGGCAUACCUGCAGCAUCAGAUGAUUGCACCCCGAGUCAGAAAUGGGGUUCCUGCCAUCAAAGAGAGCCCAAAACCAUUUGACGUCAUGAAAACAACAGGGGGGUUGGGCCGCGAGAUGUUUAAGGUGAUUACUAAUGAGGGUGAACAGGUCAGAGUCUUCAAAUGUGACCACUGUCGAGUGCUGUACCUGGAUUAUGUGAUGUUCACUAUACACAUGGGCUGCCAUGGUUUUCGUGACCCUUUUGAAUGUAACGUGUGUGGAUAUCGCAGCCAGGACAGAUAUGAGUUCUCCUCUCAUAUAGCCAGAGGGGAGCAUCGUUACUGCAGAAAAUGAGCUAUAGAGAUGAUUCAUCCCAGGAGCAAACAGACCAAAAAUAUUUUAGACCUCAUGCUUUGCUUUCAUACUUAAUGCUGUGUUUCUGUGCCUUUGUGUGUACUCAUCUGAAAUCUAUACACCUGCGAUCAGGUAAAGGCCAUUUUAUUGAGCAUUACAUUGUAGCAGUAAUGAACUCACCAAGUAACAUUUAAGCAGCAAUGCUGACCAUGGAGAGACUAUAGGGUAUUAUCCAGAUACAAAGCUGAUUGGAUCUGAACAUUACACAAAAUGCCUUCUAAAAGAACAGUGAAGUUAACUAACUAAUGCAAUUCAUAUUGUGAGAGUUUCUGGGAAGGAAGAGGCAUUAAAUUAAGAUGCCAUCCCAUGCUAAGGCAUUCUCCUGUGUUAGCAUCUGAAGGACAAUGAGGUCUCACCAUUAAAAUUAUGAGCAGUUCACUUCUUUGAUUCAUACGGCCCUUAUUCAAGAUCUGCCUGUGUCCCUGUAACAGGAUGUCAUUUGUUCUUUCUUGAAAGUAGUGGUAAUUCUGACCUUGGUGGUGUCAAAAACAUCUCUACAACACCAGUUGCCUUAUAACUCGGUCAUUUCUGAGAGGGAUUUGUUUUUCAUAGCUCAGUAAACCCAAUCCCUUGACUUCUACUAAAUUGUUACAAAUGUGAAUACCAGAGAUUUCUGAUGUUCAGAACUCAUUCCUGAUGAGAGCUUCUUCCAUUGCCAUCUCAAACACUUGCUUCAGAUCGGAGGAGGAUAAUCUCAGAACUACCUUUCAAAUGAUGAGGAUCAUUGAAAUGCUGAUUGCAAGAAGAGUCACUCAAUUCAGUCCAAUGUGGAAGGGAAGGACAUUUCUCAUCCAGUAACUGGAUUGUGCACUGGAGUGAGUUCAGGUAUUGUAUCCAGUCAAUCAAAGGGAGAAGCGUGCAUGAAAUAUCAAACCUCAAAUUGAUGCUUUGUGAAUUGCCUUUCCUGUUAGAUUCUUUUUGCAUUUGUAAAUUGCUUACACCUUUUUAACGCAGCUUUUAUAUUGUAUGAAGUCUGUAGUAUUGGAACAGAACAAAACAGUAACGUCACAGGUGCUUGUCACAAUCAGGACUUCGUCAAGUUUGAUUUGUUCCUUUAUUGUUUUGGCUAAACUGCCAUUGGAACUGCUCCAUGCACUGUGUGUAUCCGACAUGGACACUCAUUACUGCUUUCUUUAACGAUAUGAGAAAAGCAGUCAUGUAGGGAAUUUAUGUAAUAGUAUAGUUCAGAAUUUUUAGAAGAUUUAGGAUCUCAACUUCAACAGCCCUCACCAGUAUUUUUUCUUUCUGUUCUUAGUGGCCUCAUUUUUUUGUGUGUUUCUUUUAUGAUUUUCAGCAUUAUAACUUUUAUAGAUAUUGCUUUAAGAUACUAUGUGUAAUAUUUGAACAGCAUGUGCCUGUAUUGCAAGAAAGAUAAGAGUCUCAGAUCUCAGCAUGUACUGACAAAGCACUUUUAUUUCCCAUUUCUACACAAGUAAAUAAGAAAUGCAGAAAGUGUUCUGAGUUGCACACAGCGACGGGGUCCAGAAUUCACAGUCUAACCAGUGCACAUUAACAAACACUCUCAGAUAAUAAUUGUAUCUGAGCAUUGUCACUCUGCAGCAUGCAGUGUAACUAGAGUACCACAUGUGUGGGCUGACAAAUAGCCCACAGCUUGCAUAUGAACCCAAGAAUUCCUUUUGUUAAUGUAAAAUUCAGUAUAACACUAGGAAUGGCCUUAUCACUGUUUUGUGGCCUGCUGUUGGGUAAUCUAGCAUGUAUUUACUUUGGAUCUAUUACUCUUGCACUUGGAUUAUUUCUGUUUUUGUUUGCUCUUGCCUUAUCUAAUUAAGUUUUACAUAGCUAAUCAUGCAUCUAAUUUCAAUGCUGCCAUUACACAGCCUAAACCCUAUUGUCUUCCCAGAGAACCCAAGUCACACUGUGGUGUUUCUGAAUCUGACAACUUUUACUGAAUUUGCCCAGUAACAUUGGUAGUGGGGAGUCUAUAAGAAUCCUGAAACUGUUAAUUUCACCUUCACCAACACACAUACAGUAAAAUGACUGAGGAAACAUGCAACCAAAUCCUGUAAAUUGUUAAGAUUAGCAGCUUUAAAUGUGCAUUUUGAAAACAUAUUGCUUUCGUCUGCACUGUUGCUCGUGUAAAUUAGACAUCCAUCUUAGUUUUUUACACAGACCUAAAAGUCUGUGCAAUCAGAUUGCAGUGAUAUAGUUUUCCAUAAGCCUGUCCUGACUGAUACAGUUCAUUCAUGUGUACAUCUCACAAGCAAUAUUGUGUUUGACAGUUUGUUCUACAACUUCUGUGGUUCACACCCACAUACAAUAUAUUGUAUCUCCAAAUCAUUAACCUAUUCACUAUUGUAGGCAUUAUCAUCUAUACAAAAGAUCAGUACAUCUUUAUAACAAAAAAAAACAAAACUCUGAAGCUGCAUAGCAGUUCUAGUAUCUGAAAAAGGAAAAGUCUAGUUGAUUUUUCAAGAGGAAUGUUCUAUUCAAUAGCCUAAAUCCAAAAUUUAAACUUGGCUUUAUUUCAGAGGCUGAUGGGCAUGCUAUGUUUGUUUUAUUAUUCUGAUAUUGAAGGAUUUUUCAACUUUGAGCAUACUCUGUUUUAUUUGUGCCACAGUUUGGAAUUUCUCUAACAAGAGCUUCAUUCCCAAAAGUAUUUUUACUGCAGAUUCAAUCCACUCCAUUUUAUUAGAAACUGACUGCUUUUUCAAUGGGGUGAUACUAGAUGUAACAGGCAAAAGGGGAGAACAGGUAGACGGCCUUCUGUAUGGUCCAGCACUUUGCAGAUAUUGAGGGCAGCUUCCAUUAUCAGGGCAGUAACUGAUACAGCAGGUUGAGUGAUCAUUGACCCAUAACCGAGCGGGACCCGCGGGAACAGUCUGUGAAAACAGGAAAGCAGAUUCACUGUGCUGUCUGAAAUAACCAGCUGUUGCUGUAUAAACACCCAAAAUAAAUAUACUUCUACUGUGAAUGUAAAUGUGAAACAUUUUUAUAUUUCCUGCUUCAUUAGAUUUUACACUAGACUGUUACAGUAAAAUUAUUUCCAAACAAAGAUUUUUUGAUUUUAUAUAGUUUGUUUUUUAAACAAGUUAGCUCUGCUUUGUGUUAAAUAAUGCAAUUCGUCAUAUUUGGAACCAGUUGUGUACAUUUUUAAUCGUUCACUUUCAUGAGAAAUGAAUUGAUUCUCAUGAGUUUUAUUUCUCUGAAAAUAAAGAUUCCAAGCAACAACCUUGGACCCACUGGCAA